ACAAAAAAAAACAACAAUAACAACAACACAAGCGUACCAAAAGUGCCAAGUGGCAGAACGCGUUGAUUGCGCUUAUCUUCCCGACGCGAUCAUGAUCUGCGGCUCGCCUGCACUGCCGCCGGCAGUAACAGACCAACCAACCGACUCAACACAAGUGAACACGAAGUGCGCGUAUACGACAGCGUGUCUAUAGAAAUGUGUGCUGUUGCUCUAUUUUAAGUUCCUCGUUUGAUUGGAUUGAAUGUUUGGCAUGCCAGAGACAAUGUUGCGGCUCGCAUGUCGCAGCGGCAGCCAAAGAUGGGUAUGCCGCAUGGCAAGCUGCUGCAAAUGGUUGCAAUGAAAUCAUGAUUAUUGUUGUUGUUGUAAAUGCUGCACGUGUGCCUUGCAACUUGACAGUGCACGCUUCACUUGCGUGCUGAUUAGUUCAGGCGUGUGGCAAGAUCGGGAGUCAUUAGAAGCCCGACACAAUAUGGUUAACUGUUGCUCAGUGCUGAUAGAAAGACUUAGUAAAAGUAGUACAAUACCGGUGUAGAAAAGGUUUACUCUUUGAGUAAGAAACCGUCAAACCGGCACAAUCUCGACUCUCGAGAAACCACCACCAAUUUAAUGUUUAUCCAUCCGCCACUAGAGAUACUAGCUCUUAUGAAUAUGCAAGCAACAAAAUCUGCUUGACCUACUUGUCGGAUUAUUAUGUUGAUUAAUCAUCGUUUGUGUAAUGCGAUCUAAUGAUCCAGAAAAGGAGUUAAAAAAUCGAUUUCUGAUUGGAGCGGUACGUGUUAAUCGCUUUCUCGCUAGUACCGUUAAACCUUGGUAACAGCACAAAGUGUUAUUCGCGUGACAGUUAGUCUUUAUAAGUGGGUAUUGGACACCCAGGAUGCCACUUCCAGGGAAGGAGUCAGUUGACACUCUAUGAAUGAUGUGCGAAUGAGCGAAUCUCUUUGUCGGCCAAUUUUCCAGACUCAAGACUAUCCUUCUAAACAACACUCUUCCAGUUAUCCACACAUCAAAUAAUGGAAAAUAUGCCGUGGACAUAUAAGGCACCUUCGGAAGAAGUAAUUGUAAUCUCCUGAAUUCUGCACUCCUCUAUAAAGGACACGAUGUUGCGCAAUUCCCACAACAUCCAGUACUACGUUAGCGGAAUUGACACGGAUUUUAUCCAGUCAAGGGCUGCUAAUUCGAGGAUCUAGUCCGGUUUGAACCCCAGAAAUUCAUGAAAAUUUUUUAGAAAUAAAGCGCCGAUUGCUAAAUAAAAUAUUAUUAGAUUUUAUUUAUUAUUAUUAUAAUUUUUUUAAUUUUUAUAAUAUAUGUAUUGAUUUUGUUAAGUCCUGUAAUGUUGAGUAAAUUUCUUAUAAAAUAAAUACUCCGGCAACACUAAGGAAACAGAGAUCGGAUCAGCUGUUUCUCCACUUUAAAAUAAAAAAAUUGGAGACUAAAUUUUGGAGAGUUGUGAGAAAAUAGUAAACAAAUGGAAGAAAGCACAGAAAUUUACAAGUAUUUACCAACUUACAAUGAAAUUGAAAGUAUUUUAGAAAAUGAGCCCGAAGCAAAUUACAUACUUGGCUUGGCAGCGACAGAUGUUGAGAAAUCAAACUCAAAAGCAUAUGAAUACAACGAGGAAGUGUACUACUUGGUUAGUAGCUUAGUGGACAAAUGCUGGGAACGCAUACACACCGGGCACUUCAGUGCAGUGCCGCUGGAAGUGCGCAAAAUUUAUGCUCUAUCCAAUUAUUUCAAAAUAUUUUAUUUGCUUUGCGAAAGUGUUUCCAAACAGCAAUUAACGCGUUGCGCCGAAGUGCUCGAUGAGGCUAUACUGAUUGGCUGCACACAAGGAUUAUAUGAAAGAAGUGAUAAAUUCCAAACUGAACUGACAAGCUAUACUAGCAAAGUUUUGGACGAAAACACGCAGACAUCACUGCCAAUCAUCGAGCAACUCAAACGGCAACAUUUUAAAUGCGACAUACCAGUUUUAGAUUGUCCCUCAAUAGAGGAGUUUCGCACAAAAUGUUUCACCACCGAACGUCCCGCAUUGCUACUUAACACUGUAACGCAUUGGCCAGCUUUGCAAAAGUGGCGUAAUCUUAAUUACAUACACAAACUGGCGGGAAAUCGCACAGUGCCUAUUGAAAUUGGUUCUAAUUACACCACCGAUGAAUGGUCACAGCAGUUAGUAAAAAUACGUGAUUUUCUCCAACGUCAAUUCGCAAACACCGACAAUGAAAUUGAAUACUUAGCACAACAUGAGUUGUUCGAUCAAAUACCUGCGCUUAAAGCCGAUAUACGCAUACCGGAUUAUUGCACCUUGCGUACGAGUGAUUGCGAAAAUACCCGACAUGUUUCUAUAAAAGCCUGGUUGGGUCCUAAGAAUACUAUAUCACCGUUACAUUAUGAUCCCGAACACAAUUUACUGUGUCAAGUAUUUGGUAGAAAACAUAUAAUCUUGGCAGCACCAACAGAUACGCCAAAUCUUUAUCCACACGAUACGGAAAUGCUUUGUAAUACCUCCCAACUGGAUGCAGCGCAAUUGGACUACGAAAUAUUUCCAUUGGCAGCACAAGCAACCUUUUAUAAUGUUACUUUGCAAGCGGGCGAUUGUCUUUAUAUACCGCCGAAGUGGUGGCAUUAUGUGCGUGCCGAAAGUGCGAGCUUUUCGGUCAGUUUUUGGUGGUCAUGAAUUAAGUAUGUGUGAUUUGGGAACUAAAUAAAAUAACGUUUGCAUGUAAAUCACUUUAAGUGCCGUUGUACACUUAAUAAAUAUUUAUGAUUGUAACUAAUUAACGAAUGCCGAAUGUUCUAAGUAUAAAGCGAUAAUUAUUGUCGACUUUAUCAAAGUACACAAAUAGUGGAAUUAUAUUUGAUAGCAAAUUUUAUUAUUGUGUAUUUUUGUGUACUUGCUUAUCAGAUGAAUUUGAUACAUAACAUACAUAUACACAAAUGAAACAGAAUGCAAAAAUUGUUUAAUAAUGACGAAAUUAUUGAGAUAGCAAUUACUGUACUAAUGUAAUUCUAAUAAAAAAGUAUAGGUAUUAAAACUGGUUAAGAUAUCUAAAGCCGCUGCUGAAAUAUCAAAUGUACAUGCAUACUCUAAAUGCCAUCGAAAGGUAGCUGAUGUGUACUAAUAAAUAAAUUAAAUAAUGAAUCAUCAUCACUAGUUCAUGUGUGUAUGUGCAUAUGUUCAUUUCGCAUAGUAAAUAAUACAGCUGCUGAGCUGUCCAUAACAUUCAAAAAAAUCUUUUGCAAUAAAGUGAUUAAGCACAUGGAGAUAUAACAUAAUUAAAUGACUAAAUAGGCGCAAAUUUUGCAUGUCAAUUCAAGCAUACAUGCAUUUAUUAAUAAUUCAUAAUUUUUGUAUACAAAAGGAAAUAAUACGUUUAUAUAUAUAUGUGAGAAAAAGUAUUAACCAACACGCUAAAGAUAAAUUCUUAAGAGAACUACAAAGCAAUUAGAAGAAACAUUUUGAUCUUUAAAAAUAUUAGUUCUUUGUUAUUUUUAAUGUUAUGAAUAUUUAUGUAUACUAUUAUAUAAUAGUCCACAUUAUUUAAGAUAAUUCUUUUCAAUUUAGAUAAACUCAUCACUUUUCAUUUUAACAAAUUCAAACUUCAAGUCUCUUUGAGAUGUUAACAGCAGUGUGUAAACCGAUUCAACUGCAACUGCACAUGUACCUCAGUAGCAAAAAUAUAUUUAUAAUGAUUAAAUUAUAAAUAUUUCUCUAUUGAGUACUGA